AUGUGGCAAAGGCUUCAAGGGUGGAAUGACGAACGGCUCUCUAAAGCGGGUAAGGAGGUCCUUAUUAAAGGAAUAGCUCAGGCUAUUCCUUCUUAUUGCAUGGCUAUCUUUUCUUUGUCUGUUGGUUUAACGAAUGAUUUGGAACGGAUGUUAAACUCUUUUUGGUUGGGGAAUAAAGGCUCGGAUGGAAAAAGUAUUAAUUGGCUGAAAUGGGAAAGAUUGUGUGUUGAUAAGAAGCUCAGUGACUUAGGUUUUCGAAGCCUCCAACUGUUGAAUGUGGCCAUGCUUGGAAAGAUGGGGUGGCGCCUUAUUGAUGAACCUACUGCUCUUGUUUGUCAAGUUCUUCGAGCCAAGUAUUUUCGUAAUGGAGAUUUUCUUUCGGCAAAAAUUGGUCGCAGCCCAAGCUUUACUUGGCGUAGCAUUUGCUCGGGUCAGGAUUUGAUUAGGCAAGGUACCCGUUGGAGGAUUGGAGACGGUUCGAGUAUUUGGGUUUUCAAAGAUCCCUGGCUUCGUUCUCGAGAGCCUUUCAAAGUCUCUGCUCAGCUGUGUCCGCCGGAGCUUGCUGAUAUUACUAUUAAGGAGGUUGAUAUGGCAUCACUCAAGCAACGGACGUUAUUCGGUGAAGACUGGCGGGUGGCUCGUAAUAAUCUACCAUCUAAAGACAGACUUUUGGCUCGGGGCAUUGCGGUCGCUGGCGAGGGCUUGUAUGUUGAUGUGGCAGCUGUGUGGAAAGAUCGUAAUGGUGCUGUUUGGAAUAACUGUCUUCCAAUCCCAGCUCAUUCCAUUUCGACUGCUGCUUCGUCUUGGACUGAAUGGAAGCUAGCUCGUGAACUUGUUACUCGCAAUAGUACAAAUGCUUCUUAUUCGAUUACCUGCGUGGGUUGGCACUCUAUUUCGUCGGAUACUAUUAGAUGCAAUGUGGACGCGACUUUUUUCACUGAAGAGCGCACUAUAGGCAUUGGUAUGGUUGUGCGGAAUUAUGAGGGUGCGUUCAUUAUUGGGAAGUCUAUUAAGUUGUCGGGUUGUAGGAGUGUGGAAGAAAAUGAGUUGAUAGGCAUAAAGGAAGCUCUUUCGUGGAUCAAGAGUUUGGGUUUUUUGCGAGGUGUGGUGGAGUCAGAUUGCAAACGAGCUUGUGAUGCUAUUAGCUCGAGAGAGAGGAAUCUUAUGGAGCUUGGAAUCAUUGCCUCUUCUUGCCGGGAAGAGCUCAUGUCGCUUCCAGAGGUUUGCGUUGUGUCGGUUAAACGUCAUCAAAAUGUUGUCGCUCAUUAUCUAGCGAAAGCUGCAAGAGAUUUUUAUUUACAUCAUGUUUGGAAUGAACCCCCGAGCUUUGUGGAAGGUCAUCUCCAUAUCCCAUGUUCUUGUGAUCAAUAA